AUGGUGAGACUCCUCCAAACAAGUAGCAAAAAGCUGGGUUCCUGUGGCGGUAGUAGUGGACGACCAUGUUGGCACUUGGUGCUGGUCUACCUCUUGGGGUUCCUUAGUGCCAAAGGACUCGAUAUGGCGUUCCAGAUUGAAGGGUUGGUGCAAAUGCUAGAGUCUUCUGGCAUUUCCAUUUCCAAUGAAUAUCGAAAGACGGCCGUCACCAAGGCAUGCCCGGAAUGUGACUGUACUAGUACUACUACUACAAAGAAUAGUAGUACAGCACCAAAGGAAAAAGGAGUGGUCAAGACAGAAGUGGUGGAUAUCACCAAGACGGACAAGACAGCACAAGCAAAACCUGCCGCAACCGACACUCCUCCUCCACCACCAUCCGACUCCUCUGUGGAGACCAUUGCUCCCCGAAUCUCGGCCUCUCAAGUCACUCACCUGCGAGAUGACAAUUCCCAAUUUGCCAAAAUUGUCCAAACCGCCUAUGAACAAGCCAAUCUGCUGCAAGAAGAAGAAAACACAGCAGUAACAUCCGAACAACCACGACAAAAAUUAGACAUUACAUGGUGGGAACAAGAGUCCAAUUUGACUACACAAGGAGGACUCCGAACGGCCGAUCGCAUCUUGUUGGGGGAAAUCUAUUACCAAGCCAAUUCGGUAUUUGAAUAUGGAUUGGGGGAAUCCACCUACAUGGCCCAUCAUGUCGGUGUGCAACGAUAUGCCGGAAUUGAUUCCGAUGCCGUUUGGGUGGGCAUGGCACGUGACAAGGUGCCACCCCAUUUCCGAUUCUAUUUGGGAGACAUUGGUCCCACCAAGUCAUGGGGGCAACCCGCACAGGGGUAUCUGCCCAAACAAAUACUGGAUUAUCAGUUACUGCCACUCAUUGUGGAACCCAAACCAUUUGAUGUCUAUAUGGUCGAUGGCCGCUGGAGGUUGCCUUCCAUGCUGGCCAGUUUUUUGCAUGCCAGUGCCAGAGGAGCCGACACAACGAAAACUACGGUAUUGAUUCACGAUUGUGGAAAGACAGAGGGAUUGCCACUCCGAAAAUCCUACAAAAAGGCCGAUCACUUGUUGCAGCUUGUCAAUCACUCGGAGGCUCUUUUAUGUGUCUACCAGCGCAAACCAGAAACCACAGAUGAACAAUUGAGAGACUUGUGGAUGGGGAACAAGGGCAUUGUGCAGAGACGACAGCGACAGCUGCAACAACAACAAGAACAACAAUCCACCACGGCCUUUGACGAAAUUGUGUCUGUGGCCUAUGCCGAGGCCAUUGUGGAGCAGCGACCCAAAACACCCAGGCGAACUUUUGAUAUCAAAUAUUGGGUACAACACUCGGGAUUGACCACCGAAGGCGGACUCAACAAUGACGAUCGAUCCUUACUGGGGGAAAUAUACUACAAGGCCAACUCGGUGUUUGAGUAUGGAUUGGGAGAAUCUACCUAUAUUGCCAAUCAUGUAGGAGUACCAAGGUAUGCCGGUGUGGAUUCCGAUCCAGCGUGGGUGGGAAUGGCACGUGACAAGGUGGCACGGUACUUUCGAUUCUAUUUGGGAGAUAUUGGACCCACCGGAGACUGGGGGUAUCCCAAGAGUGGAAAACUACCCAAACAAUUAUUGGAUUAUCAGCUGUCCCCUUUGAUUGUGGAGCCCAAACCCUUUGAUGUUUACAUGGUGGAUGGACGAUGGAGAUUGUCCGGUAUGAUUGCUUGCUUCUUGCACGCCAGUGCCAGAGGUGCCGAUCCCUCCAAGACAACCGUUCUCAUUCAUGACUGUGACAAGCAGCCCAAUCCACUUGGAAGAGUAGUGUACAAAAAAGCAGAUCACUUGCUGAAAUUGGUCAAUCACUCGGGCAACAAGCUGUGUGUCUACCAGCGCAAACCAGACACCACAGAUACGCAGCUCCAAGAAUUCUGGCAUGAGAACAAUGACAUCAUCCUACGGCGCCGGCUGGAGGAGGGUGGGCACGAGUAG